AUGGGUUUUAAUGCACAAAGACCUUUGGGAAAUUGUCAAAAUGCUCACUGUACUGUGGUUAGCAAAGCCUUGCUUGCGAUGACGGAAACAAUCUUGCUGGAGAUGGGUGCAAUGAAUUUUGUGAGGUAGAAAAAGGGUUUACUUGUUUUAAAAAGGAAAAUGAAAAAGCUAUCUGCUCAAGAAUAUACUCUUUCUCAGAAGAAUAAGCAAUGCUUCCCAUUUGUGGAAACGGAUUAAUAGAAAGGGGAGAAGAGUGCGAUGAUCAGAAUGAAAAUUCUAAUGAUGGGUAACAUUUUUUCAAUUAAUAAUCAAUAAAGAUGUGAUAACCUUUGUUAAAUUGAAAAUGGAUUUUCACUGAGUUUGAAUGAGAACAAUGAAUAAUUCAUAGAGAAGUCUUGCUUAUUAAAUGAAAAGUUAUGUUUGGAUUUGAAUAAGAUCUCAGGAGAUGGGCAAAAUCUUCAGUUAAUCAGUUGA